AUGAGCACCAAGACAAAGCAACGUGUCCCAGGACCCGAAGAGCCGUCUCCAGACAACUCAUGGCCAGCUUAUUUUACCUUAGAUAGCUCAGCCACGCUGAAGGACCCGGUUCAACUCCAGAUACAAGGAACUAUACCGAAAUGGCUAACUGGCUCAUUAUACAGAAACGGGAGUGGUGUUUUCAAGAUUGGCAACACCCAGUUCAAGCAUGUAUUUGAUGGAUUUGCCGUUCUCUCACGAUGGACAAUCAAAGAUGGGGAGGUAUCUUUUCAGUCCUCUGUUCUGGACACAGAAUCAUAUAGGAAAUCACAGAAGCUGAAUAAAAUUGCUGGCUCUGCUUUCGGAACGUAUUUUCCAGACCCUUGUAGGACGAUUUUUAAUGCACAUGCCACGAGUUUUUUCCCGUUGCCGGUGUCAGCUAAGGAUAACACAAAUGUGAACAUUAUCAAAUUUGCGGAUAAAUUUUUUGCCCUCACGGAGAGCGUUGUUUUGCAAGAAGUCAAUCCAAAGUCCUUGCUACGAAAUGAAACGAUUGACAUCGGAGAGAGUGCUGUGCUACAUAUGGGCACUGCUCACCCCCAUGUUGACCCAGACGACGGAAACAUGAUUUAUGUUGGCACCUACCUGGCAAAUUACUCCAAAGCUUUCAAGUUCUUCAGAGUCCCGGCUAAAAUACCACCUGGUGAAACGAACCCAUUCAUGACUGCACAGUUCAUUGGCAGCAUAGAGAGCAGAUGGAAAAUCCACAUCGGGUACACACAUUCCUUUGGCCUCACCAAGAACUACAUUGUGUACUUUGAGUUGCCCACGGCCUUCAACAGUCUAAAGGUUUUCACUGUAGGAAUGAGCAGAGAUACUAUUGAAUCCACCAUGAAGAACUAUCCGGAUGAGCCGAUCAAGAUCCACAUACUCAACAAAAUCACAGGAGAGAGAAUUCCCAUCACCUACUAUGCACCUCACGGCUUUGUAUUCCACUUUAUCAACUGUUACGAGGAGGACGGAUGUAUCAUUUGUGAUGUGUGCCUCUACGACAGCGGUCAAGUGGUCAAAGACUUUUAUCUGGACGAGAUUCUCAACAGGCAGCAGAAUAAGAUUCCUUUCAAGGGGAGGUUUGGUCGCUUUGUGUUGCCGCUCAGGCUGAAUGAGGUAAAGAAUGGAGAGAAUCUGGUAGCAUUGCCUACAUCAGGUGCCAAAGCCACACUUCGACAAAACGACAAAAAUGUUGUUGAUGUUCUCAGAGACUUUACAUUCUUUGAUGACGUGUACUUUGAUCUCCCUCGGAUCAACAGCGAAUAUAACACCAGAAACUACAGAUACGUCUACGGGUGCUCCAUCUUCAACACAGACUUAGCCAGGCUGGUGAAAUUCGACCUCGUCACAAAGCAAGUGCUAGACUGGAGAUGCGGAGACGGCCACUCACCCGGGGAACCUGUGUUUGUCAAGUCGCCAAAUGCAGAAAAGGAGGACGAUGGUGUUAUUUUAAGUACAAUUAUGGCCCGCAACGCGAGUGAGAGCUCCUACCUGCUGGUUCUAGAUGCGUCCACUUUCAAAGAGAUUGGCAGAGCAGUUGUGCCCUCCAGCAUCAAAGUCAACUUCUCCUUCCAUGGAGACUUUUACAAGAACCAACUCUCAGACAGCUAG